AUGCGUUUCAUUCUCUCCGUCGUUCUGGCCACGGCCCUCCUGGGCGCCAUGGCGACUGCCGAUCCUCACGGCCAAAAGGGUCAACAGACAGCCUUCCGUCUUGAGCCCCGCCACAACAAAUACAGUAACGAGGACCACUCUCACCACCACAAGAAGGUCAACCACUCUCACCAUCGCAAGUCCUCUUCAAAGAAGAUCCAACGUCGUGAUCUUCAGGACCCCCUUCUGGCAGCUGCUGUCCCUAUCCCCGGUGGUGCCCCUACUGUUGCUGCCGCCCCCCAAGUGAACGGCGCCCACGCUGAGGCCAACAUGGGGCUUCACAAGAAGCAGAAGCAUCAUGGAAAUGAUCACUCGCAGCAUAAGAACCGGGUUAACCAUUCCCACCACAAAAAGUCGUCCCAUGGCAAGAGGGUUAAUCACUCGCGCCACCACAGACAGAGCAAGCGUGCUUUGGCCCUUCAUCGCAAGAAGGUUCACCACCACGGCAAGGACCAUUCGCACCACCAGAAUGAGAAGCGCGCCGUGAACUUGCACCGCAAGAAGGUUCACCAUCACGGAAAGGACCAUUCUCAUCACAAGAACCGUGUUAGCCACCACCAGCACGACAAGCGUGCCAUCAACUUACACCGCAAGAAGGCCCACCACCGCGGAAAGGAACACUCGCACCACCAGCACGAGAAGCGCGCCGCCUCACCAAUGGCUCUCCGCCGCAAGAAGGUCAACCACUCUCACCACAAGAAGGCCUCUUCCUCGUGCCACAAGAACGAAAAGCGUGCUGCUUCUCCCAUGGCCCUUCACCGCAAGAACAAGAAGGCCUCUUCCUCUUCCUCUUCCUCUUGCGAUGCUUAA